UGCGGAGGGGACGGUACUCCGUACAGGUGUUGUUGUGGUUUCCGCAUCGCUUUAGAUAUCGCUGCUGUGAUGACUAUAGUAUACUGGGCAUGGAUGAUAGCUGCGAGAACACCUACGCAAUCCCACCAUAGUUUCCCUAUUCGGUAACCUUGCUUUUCGAAAUACGGAAUAGUAUUUACGGGGUGUGGGGGAAUAAUAAUCAACAACCAAACGGCACUAUGGUGCAUCACUCGGGCUCCAUACAGUCCUUCAAGCAGCAGAAAGGCAUGCACACAAGCAUCAGUGAGAUCCUGAAGGAGAAGACCCUGAAGCCGUCCCGUCGUAGCCUGCCCUGCCUGGCCCAGAGCCAAACCCAUCCACAGAACAUCAACCACUUCCUGUCUAUGCCCCUCACCCCUGACGACAAGCCCCAGACACACCCACAGUCAGUGCCUCAACUCCAGGUUCAGGACCAGGCCCAGCUGGCUGACCCCUGGAUACAGCACCAGGCCCAGCUGGCUGACCCCUGGCUACAGCACCAGGCCCAGGACCACUGCCAGAUCCAGGCAGAACACACCCAACCUCUGACCCACAGUCACAGCACUUCCUGCACCCUCAUCUCCUCCAAGACAGGUCUGACAGAAGGUGUCAAGGACCACUACGAAGAGGAGGCAGAAGCUAGUACGUACGAGGCAGGAAGGACAGACGAGUCGUUUCUCAUUCAUAAACCUGCCACCCGAGCUAAAUUAGAGGCACGCGUAGAUUCGCUUCAGGGGACCAACCCUGGGCAGCUGUCCGGUCUGCUGUUCAGAGAUGGGAAGAAGCGUAUCGAUUACAUCCUGGUCUAUAAGAAGUCCAGUCCUCUGGUGGAAAAGAGAGUCACCUUUGAGAGGAACCUGAGAGCUGAGGGGCUGAUGCUGGAGAAAGAGCCGUCUCUGACCAACACCGACAUCAUGUUUGUGAAGAUUCAUGCUCCGUGGGACACUCUCUGUAAAUACGCUGAGCAGAUGAAUAUCAGGAUGCCAUUCAGAAAAAAAAGUUACUUUACAGACUGGAAGAGCAAAACUAUGGGCAGCCGGUUUCAUCUGAGGUGUCGUCAGAUAAAGAGUUGGUUACCCAGGAACCCCAUGAAGCUGGACAAAGAGGCCUUACCUGACCUAGAGGAGACAGACUGCUAUACAGCCCCCUUCAGCAGGGCACGCAUGCACCAUUUUACCAUCAACAACAGACAUACGUUCUUCUCCAACUCUACCAGAAGCAGAAUAGUCCACCAUGUUCUCCAACGCACCAAGUAUGAGGACGGGAAGUCUAAGAUGGGUAUCAAUAGGUUACUGGGCAAUGGGACAUAUGAGGCUGCAUUUCCUCCCCACGAGGGUGGAUACAAGAGCAGACACCCUAUUAAGACCCACGGUGCCCAGAACCACAGACACCUGCUGUACGAGAGGUGGGCUCGAUGGGGCAUGUGGUACAAGUACCAGCCUCUCGACCUCAUCAGGCGUUACUUUGGGGAGAAGAUUGGGCUGUACUUUGCCUGGCUGGGUUGGUACACUGGCAUGCUGAUCCCGGCAGCUCUUGUGGGUCUCCUCGUUUUCCUCUACGGAUUUCUUACCAUGGACACCAGCCAAGUCAGUAAAGAGAUCUGUGAGGCCAACACUACUAUCAUGUGUCCUAUGUGUGAGGAGAACUGCAACACCUGGAAACUCAGUGACAGCUGUGUCUAUGCAAAGGUGACCCAUCUCUUCGACAAUGGAGGGACUGUGUUCUUUGCUAUCUUUAUGGCAAUAUGGGCCACGGUGUUCCUGGAGUUCUGGAAGAGGAGGAGGGCGGAGCUGACUUAUGACUGGGACCUCAUCGACUGGGAGGAGGAAGAGGAGAAUCUGCGACCCCAGUUCGAAGCCAAGUACUCCCGAGUAGAGAGAGUAAACCCUAUCUCUGGCAAGCCGGAGCCCUUCCAGCCCUUCACUGACAAACUCAGCAGACUCAUGGUCUCUGUGUCUGGCAUCUUCUUCAUGAUGUCUCUGGUGCUGACUGCAGUGUUUGCUGUGGUGGUGUUCCGACUGAUUGCCAUGGAGAAGUUUGCAUCGUUCGACUGGGAGUUUGUCAAGAAGAACUGGCAGUUUGCCACCUCUGGCACCGGAGUCUGUAUCAACUUCAUGAUCAUCAUGUCUCUCAAUGUGGUAUAUGAAAAGGUGGCCUAUCUGCUCACAAAUUUAGAACACCCACGGACUGAGUCAGAGUGGGAGAACAGUUUUGCUCUCAAGAUGUUUCUCUUCCAGUUUGUUAACUUGAACAGUUCUACCUUCUACAUUGCAUUCUUCCUUGGAAGGUUCGCCGGCAGACCAGGGAAAUAUAAUAAACUGUUUAACAGAUGGAGACUGGAGGAGUGCCACCCCAGUGGCUGUCUGAUCGAUCUGUGUCUACAAAUGGGAGUCAUCAUGGUACUGAAACAGAUCUGGAACAACUUCAUGGAGCUGGGUUAUCCUCUGCUGCAGAACUGGUGGUCUCGGAGGAAGAUAAGAAAUAUUAGCUAUUUACAGCUUCCUCAGUGGGACAUAGACUGGAACCUAGAGAUGGGUAAGAAAUAUUAGCUAUGUUACCACGGACUGGUGGAUGAGUACCUGGAGAUGGUUCUCCAGUUUGGUUUCACCACGAUCUUUGUGGCUGCAUUCCCAUUGGCUCCUCUACUGGCUCUGCUCAACAACAUCAUCGAGAUACGACUGGACGCCUACAAGUUUGUCACCCAGUGGAGGAGACCCAUGCCUGCCAGAGCCACAGACAUUGGUAUCUGGUACGGUAUCCUUGAGGGGAUCGGCGUGCUGGCUGUCAUCACCAACGCCUUCGUCAUCGCCAUCACCUCCGACUACAUCCCCCGCUUCGUCUACGCGUUCAGAUACGGACCCUGUGUGGACAAGGAGUACCACCACGAGAAGUGUCUGCGAGGCUACAUGAACAGCAGUCUGUCGGUGUUCGACAUGGGCGAACGCUUGAACGUGAGUGAGGAGAGUAGAUACUGCAGGUACAGAGACUACAGAGCCUCUCCCUGGAGCCCAGUACCAUACGACUUCACUCUGCAGUUCUGGCACGUCCUGGCUGCAAGACUAGCCUUUAUCAUCGUCUUCGAGCACCUGGUGUUUGGCAUCAAGUCGUUCAUCGCGUACCUGAUCCCAGACAUGCCCAAGAGUCUGUGUGACCGCAUGCGUCGGGAGAAGUACCUGAUGCAGGAGAUGAUGUAUGAAGCAGAGCUGGAGCACCUGCAGAAGGAGAGGAAGAAGAACGGCAGGAGAUAUCACCACGAGUGGCCUUAGUGUUAGUCAUGUUACGUCCCCCUGUACUACAUACUGUACCUCGUCUGCACACCUAAAUCAUACACACACACACACACACACAUAACACUUAAUACACACACCAACACACACACACACACAAUACUUAAUACACACACCAACACACACACACACAUAACACUUAAUACACACACCAACACACACACACACUAACACACACACACA